AUGUUACUUCUACGGAAUAUUGUAAUACUAGAUUUAAAAAGGAGUAAUAAAUUACUAAACAUUAAUAAUUUACCAAAAAUCGCUUGUAUCUUAAAUAAAACAAGGGGAUUUACUUUAUUAAAAAAUGAAAGAUUAGAUAGGUUAAAAAGAGAAGUAAGGAAUAAACCUAAUGAUAACUUUUUAAUAUUACAAUUUUAUAAAGAAGCAAAUGUGCAUAAUCCAAAUGAAGUUAUAAAACAUUAUGAAAAUUCUAAUUAUAUAAAAGAUGAAAGUAUAACAAAAGAAUAUAUAAAAGCAUUAGUAUAUACAAAUAAAUUAAAAUAUACCAAUCUCGAUAAUAUUAAAUAUGAUAGUGAUAAUAAUACUUAUAAUAGAUCUAUGGAUGAUACUACUAUAAAUGAAAUGUAUUCAAAUGAACGCUCAAAUAAUACAUAUGAAGGAAAUAAUGAAAAUAAUUAUAAUAAUAUGUCCUCAAAUCAUUCAUCACAGAAAGCAGAAUAUACAGAUAAAAAAAGAAAUCAACAUCCUGAAAUGUAUAGUUUACAUAUUGAUCCAAAGAAACCAUUAAAAGUUUCUGUCAUAGAUAGUAAUAGAAAAGGUUUAUGGAAUUUACUUAAGUCUACCAUUGGAUUUUUAAUAUUAGUAGCAGCGGGGAGUGUAUAUAUGGAGGGCGUAUCACAAAAUGUUCAGAAAGGUAUAGGAGUGUCAAAUAAAAAAAUUAUUCCAGUAGAAAAUGUAAAAGUAACAUUUGCAGAUGUGAAAGGAUGUGAUGAAGUAAAACAGGAACUAGAAGAAAUUAUUGAUUAUUUAAAAAAUUCAGAUAAAUUUACCAAAAUUGGUGCAAAAUUACCAAAAGGUAUUUUAUUAUCAGGAGAACCAGGUACUGGAAAAACAUUAAUUGCUAGGGCUAUUGCAGGAGAAGCUAAUGUUCCAUUUUUACAAGCCUCAGGUUCAGAAUUUGAAGAAAUGUUUGUUGGUGUAGGUGCAAGAAGAAUAAGAGAACUUUUUCAAGCUGCAAAGAAACAUGCACCAUGUAUUGUUUUUAUUGAUGAAAUCGAUGCCGUAGGAUCAAAAAGAAGUAGUAGAGAUAAUAGUGCUGUACGUAUGACUCUUAACCAAUUAUUAGUUGAAUUAGAUGGUUUCGAACAAAAUGAAGGUAUUGUUGUAAUAUGUGCAACUAACUUUCCACAAAGUUUAGAUAAAGCUUUAGUUAGACCAGGAAGAUUGGAUAAAACUAUUGUAGUACCUUUACCUGAUAUUAAAGGAAGAUAUGAAAUUUUAAAAAUGUAUAGUAAUAAAAUUGUAUUAUCAAAAGAUGUUGAUUUACAUGUUUUAUCAAGGAGAACUGUAGGAAUGACAGGUGCCGAUUUAAAUAAUAUAUUAAAUAUUGCAGCUAUUAAAUGUUCAGUAGAAGGAAAAAAAUCAGUAGAUAUGAAUUCCAUUGAACAAGCCUUUGAUCGAGUUGUAGUAGGUUUACAAAGAAAAUCACCAUUAAAUGAAGAAGAAAAAAACAUUACUGCAUAUCAUGAAGGAGGACAUACACUUGUCAAUUUUUACACAAAAGGAUCUGAUCCUGUACACAAAGCUACUAUUAUGCCAAGGGGUAUGUCUUUAGGUGUUACAUGGAAAAUACCUAUUAGUGAUAAAUAUAGUCAAAAAAUUAAAGAUGUACAAAGUGAAAUUGAUAUAUUAAUGGGAGGUCUAGUUUCUGAGGAAAUAAUAUUUGGAAAAAAUAAUGUGACCACCGGAUGUUCAAGUGAUUUACAAAAGGCAACACAUAUUGCUCAAUCGCUAGUUAUGAAUUAUGGAGUUGGUAUAAAUGAAGACAACAUAUCUAUGUUUUUACAUGACAAACAAAAUAUUAGUGAAGAAAUGAAAAUUAAAAUUGAUAAAUCUAUACAAAGAAUAUUGUUAGAUUCAUAUAAUAGAGCAAAAAAUGUUUUAAAUCAACACAUUGAUGAAUUACAUAGAAUUGCAUCAGCUCUAGUAGAAUAUGAAACCUUAACAAGUGAUGAAAUUAAAUUAGCAAUGCAAGGAAAAUGUGAUCAAAUUAGAAAAAAUAGAGAAAUUAAGCAAAAGGAAUACAAUUUAAAAGACAAUAGAAUAUCCUAA